GAGAGAGAGAGACUCGUUAAUUUCCAGGGAAAUGGGCACAUUUGGAAUAAGCGGUACCAGUCAGCAAGCGCACUCUAAUAUCCCAGUGGCUGUGGAAGAAGUGUUUCCAGAGAGAGCGAGAGACGGGAGGGAGAGAGAGAGGGAAUAUGAGGGCAGUACUCAGGAUGAGCCUGCGCUUUGAGGCUGUAAAACACUAGACCCUGAGGGCAUUCUCUGAGAUCUUCAGGAAAACUGACUGUGGAAAAGAAAAGUGAGCUGGUAUCAGCCGCAGUUGUUGAGGUUCACGUCGAUGCAUUGGGCGUCCAGCUGAGAUGCGCGACGCUGACGGUCCUGCCCCGUCUGUCGAACCGGACCAAUGAUGAUAAUGAAGAUGAUGAUGAUGUUCGCACGGCGCGUGUAGCGCUAAAUCACCACUACCGGACUCUUAGGAGACACUCCACUCUGAUCCGCGCUCAUUCAAACUUCAGAUGGACUACCUUCACUCUGCACUGACCAGUAAAAUGAAUUGGAUCACACUCCUGCUGGCCGGCUUGACUUUUUGGGGCAAAGUGUCCGUGCACAGCUGCUUAGAUUAUGAUGACAGUUAUGAUUAUUAUGAAGAGGAGAAAACAGAAACGAUAGACUACAAGGAUCCCUGCAAAGCUGCUGUAUUUUGGGGAGAUAUUGCCUUGGAUGAAGAGGACUUGAAAAUUUUUCAGAUCGAUGGAACAAUAGAGCUUUCACAGCAGUCCCAUGGGAGACAAGGACACAUGUCGGGUGGUCUAGGAGAGCAUAAUCCCAGUAAGAAGAGAGGUUCAUUAUAUCUGUUGCUUGACAGAAUACGACGGUUAGGUUUUGAGUCGUGGCCAGUCAACAGCCGUAAAGAUGUGUCGAGCUCCAAGGCUGGUGGGAGGAGUGUAAAUAGCGACAGAGGUGUGAAGUCUCGAGUGCCUCGUGCUGCCACAUCCCGAGCUGAGAAGAUCUGGCCCGGAGGAGUCAUCCCUUACGUCAUAGGAGGCAACUUCACUGGAAGUCAGAGGGCCAUGUUAAAACAAGCAAUGAGACACUGGGAGAAACAGACGUGUGUGACCUUCAUUGAGAAAACUGAUGAGGAGAGCUACAUCGUCUUCACCUACAGACCCUGCGGGUGUUGCUCUUACGUCGGUCGUCGUGGCAACGGUCCCCAGGCAAUAUCCAUUGGAAAGAACUGUGACAAGUUUGGCAUUGUUGUUCACGAACUUGGACACGUAAUUGGCUUUUGGCACGAGCACACACGACCUGACCGUGACGAUCAUGUGACCAUCAUUCGAGACAACAUCCAACCAGGUCAGGAGUAUAACUUCAUUAAGAUGGAACCAGGGGAUGUCAACUCUCUUGGUGAGCCGUAUGAUUUUGACAGCAUCAUGCAUUAUGCCAGAAACACUUUCUCCAGAGGAAUGUUUUUGGACACGAUUCUUCCCUCUCGUGAUGAGAAUGGUGUCAGGCCUGCUAUCGGUCAGAGAACUAGACUCAGCAAAGGAGAUAUAUCCCAAGCCAAGAAGCUAUACAGAUGCCCAGCAUGUGGCGAAACACUACAGGACUCAGUUGGUAAUUUCUCGUCUCUGGAGUUUUGUAAAAAUCGACGCCUGCAUGUGUGCUGCCCAUUUCAGAUAGUGUUAAACUUCACCACUAUGGACCUCUACAAGAGCAGCCUGUGCUGGUAUGACUACAUUGAGGUUCGUGACGGAUACUGGAGGAAAGCGCCAUUGCUGGGUCGUUUCUGUGGUGAUAAAAUUCCAGAAGUGUUGGUCUCUACAGACAGCCGGAUGUGGAUUGAGUUCCGCAGUAGCAGCAAUUGGGUUGGAAAGGGAUUCGCAGCAGUCUAUGAAGCAAUAUGUGGAGGGGAGAUCAGUAAGGACUCUGGACAGAUUCAGUCUCCAAACUAUCCAGAUGACUACCGUCCAUCUAAGGAAUGUGUGUGGAGGAUCACAGUGUCCGAGGGCUACAGUGUGGGCUUGAGCUUUCAGGUCUUUGAGAUCGAGAGGCAUGACAGCUGUGCAUAUGACUAUCUAGAAGUUAGAGAUGGAUUGUCUGAGAACAGCCCUCUGAUCGGCCGAUUCUGUGGCUAUGAUAAACCUGAAGAUAUCCGUUCCACCUCCAACACUCUCUGGAUGAAAUUCAUCUCUGAUGGGACGGUUAAUAAAGCAGGCUUUGCUGCAAACUUCUUCAAAGAGGAAGACGAGUGUCUGAAGCCAGAUAAUGGGGGCUGUGAACAGAGAUGUGUUAACACAUUAGGAAGCUUCAAAUGUGCCUGUGAUCCUGGAUACGAACUGGCCCCUGACAAGAAGAGCUGUGAAGCUGCUUGUGGUGGCUUGCUGACCAAGCUGAACGGCACAAUUACUACCCCAGGUUGGCCUAAGGAAUACCCUCCCAAUAAGAACUGUGUGUGGCAAGUGGUGGCUCCCACUCAGUACCGCAUAUCCAUGCAGUUUGAAACCUUUGAACUAGAGGGAAAUGAGGUUUGCAAGUAUGACUAUGUUGAGGUGCGGAGCGGCUUGUCAUCUGACUCGAAGCUUCAUGGGAAAUACUGCGGUACGGAAGUCCCUGAGGUCAUCACCUCCCAGUACAACAACAUGCGAAUUGAGUUCAAAUCCGACAACACAGUCUCCAAGAAAGGCUUCAAAGCUCAUUUCUUCUCCGAUAAAGAUGAGUGUUCAAAGGAUAACGGUGGAUGCCAGCAUGAGUGUAUCAACACUGUUGGCAGCUAUGUGUGCCAGUGCCGCAACGGCUUUAUUCUGCAUGAGAACAAACACGACUGCAAGGAAGCCGAGUGUGAGCACAAGAUCCACAGCACGAGUGGAACCAUCAGCAGUCCGAACUGGCCUGACAAAUACCCCAGCAGGAAGGAGUGCACGUGGGAGAUCAGCGCCACCCCGGGCCACCGGGUCAAGAUUUCUUUUAAUGAGUUUGAGAUUGAGCAGCACCAGGAAUGCGCAUAUGAUCACCUGGAGGCCUUUGACGGUGACUCGGACAAGACGCCCAUCCUGAGCCGCCUGUGUGGCAGUAAGAUUCCAGAACCGCUCAUUUCCACGGGCAACAGGAUGUACCUGCGCUUCAUCUCCGAUGCCUCAGUGCAGCGGAAAGGCUUUCAGGCCACUCAUUCCAAUGAAUGUGGCGGUAGGCUGAAAGCAGAAGCACGGCAGAAGAACCUGUAUUCUCAUGCUCAGUUUGGGGAUAAUAACUAUCCAAGCCACGCCGACUGCGAGUGGCUCAUAACGGCAGAGUCGGGUUACAGCAUUGAGCUCACCUUCACCACCUUUGAGUUAGAGGAGGAGGCCGACUGCGGGUACGACUACAUCAAACUUUACGAUGGCUACGACACCGGAGCGCACAAACUCGGACGCUUUUGUGGAUCUGGGCCUCGUGAGGAGCUUUACUCUGCUGGUGAUGCCGUGUUGAUCCAUUUCCACUCUGAUGACACAAUCAGUAAGAAAGGCUUCCAUAUCCACUACACUAGCACGAAGUUUCAGGAGGCGCUACACACACGCAAGUAACAUCUCCCUGAGACAGACUCCAGAGAGACUGAGCACAG